AUGCUGUUGAGUAAACUUCUGUCUGUAGCACGGAGCUGCCACUCAGUGGGAACGGGAGAAGAGACUAGCUCUGUGUGUGUGUGUGUGUGUGUGUGUGUGUGUGUGUCUGUGUGUGUUCCGAAGGCAUGCGCGCGCACGCACACACACACACAGACAGGUGAAUGACGGACGGCCUUCAUAUUUUUAUGUCAACGUUAAAAAACGGUGGUCCUUGUAACACGCACAUUAAAAAAACACAGACUUAGAUAUGAACGUAAGACCCGCAUGAAACCAGGCAAAGAGCCGCGCGUUGGCCACCCCUGAGCAUCCUCAUUCGUAUUUGUUUGUACUUUUUUCACAAACUUCCAGUUUGGACACACAUUAUCUAAUAGGCAGCGACACAAACCUGGUGUAGUCCACCAGAUAAGACCUUAGCUCUUUCAAAAUAAAGUCAGCCGAGGCCAAAAAAACUGGUGUUUCUGACACCCCCGUGACAUAGAACUUUUUUUAUGUGGCCCUUGGCCAUUUGUAUGUGAGUAACCCUGAUGUAGACAAAACAGGUACAGGCCGUCUAUGAGAGCAGCCUUACAAGGAGCUCAUUAACUUCACUGUGAAAAUCCACAGUAACCUGGGAUAGAAUCCAUGGAUAACUUCAUUCCAAAUGCAACCUUUGUAAAUGUUAUCACAUCUGAAAUGGCAUUUUUACCACAGCGUCAGACACAAUGUAUGUCCCUGAACUAUGUGGGAGAGCAUGUAAAUGUUUAGUGGUUUCUCUCAUUGCUUGAUGCCAUGCAGCAGAGGGUGCUCUUGGACCUUUUUCACUCUGCUUGCCAGGAAAUAUUUGAAGACUCAUCCUGUUAACACUCACGGGGAUCAGAAAGAUGAUCUAAAACUAGAGAAAAGGGCAUGCCCUCUCCAGCGUUUCCUGACCAUUGUGCAGCUUUACAGGAGAGUAGAAAAAACACAACAUACACAUGAAUAUGUUUGCUUUUCUUCCUUUGUAUCUGCUGAACUGCUUGGUGGGGUGGGGGUGCCCUUUUGAGCAUUUUUCAGAUUUCCUUGUCCUGCUGGCUUUGUAAAAAAAGGGUUAAAACAAAAGAAUGUUUCUAUAAAAGACCUACAUUUGAUGUUUGUUUAUCAGUAUUUUCAUCUGAGCCAUUGCAGUGGGUGCUUGCAUGUACACAAACGAGGCAUGCACGUGUCUAGAAUGAUCUGGUGAAACUCCAAAGCUUUGUGUGUUUCUACUUCUACACAUGAACCAUAUACUAAAGGAGACGAUGGAGGAGAUAGACUUUGACCGAGACGGGGCAGUCACGCUGGAGGAGUGGAUCAGAGGAGGCCUCACCACCAUUCCUUUACUGGUCCUGCUGGGCAUGGAUACGAACGCGCAGGAGGACGGGCAGCAUGUUUGGCGCCUGAAGCACUUCAACAAACCAGCCUACUGUAACUACUGCCACACCAUGCUGCUCGGUGUACGUAAGCAGGGCCUCUGCUGCUCAUUAUGCAAGUACACAGUACACGAACGCUGCGUGUCCAAAGACAUCAGUCCUUGCAUCAGCACGUACGCAAAGUCACGCAGACACACCAACGCCAUGCAGCAUGUGUGGAUGGAGGGGAACUCUCCCACCAAAUGUGACCGCUGUCACCGAAGCAUCAAGAGCUACCAGGGUCUGACGGGCCUGCACUGUGUGUGGUGUCAGAUCACGCUUCAUAACAAGUGUGCAUCUAAUGUGAAGCCUGAGUGUGACGGAGGAGUCCUGAGGGACCACGUCCUGCUGCCUUCAUGCAUCUGCCCCGUUGUCCUGGAUCGUCAUUCUGGCGUGAAGCGUGGCGAGGGAGAGUCGCCCCUCAUCUCCACUCCUGACGACCCCAACCAGACAUUUAGAUUUUCUCCUGCAGAUGGACAGGCAUUACAGAUCACCACUCGCCCAGGAAGCCAUCCGCUCCUGGUCCUGGUCAACCCUAAAAGUGGAGGAAGGCAGGGCGAGCGUGUGCUAAGGAAGCUCAGGUACCUUCUGAAUCCUCGGCAGGUGUACAGUUUGGAACGAGAGGGACCAAUGGUCGGGCUCCGCUUCCUCCAUGAUGUCCCUGACUUCCGGGUGCUUGCUUGUGGAGGUGAUGGCACCGUGGGCUGGAUCCUCGACUGCAUUGAUAAGGCUAACUUUGCCAGACAUCCUCCUGUGGCCAUCCUUCCUCUGGGCACAGGGAAUGACCUGGCACGAUGCCUACGCUGGGGUGGAGGUUAUGAAGGUGGCAGUUUGCUGAAAAUCCUCCGGGACAUUGAGCGCAGCACAGAGGUGGUUCUAGACCGCUGGAGCAUCCACAUCAUCCCAGAGGAUGAGGAGGAGAAGGGGGACCCUGUCCCCUACAACAUCAUCAACAACUAUUUCUCUGUUGGAGUGGAUGCCUCCAUCGCUCACCGCUUUCAUCUGAUGCGGGAAAAGCAUCCAGAGAAGUUUAACAGCAGAAUGAAAAACAAGCUCUGGUACUUUGAGUUUGGCACCACAGAGACCAUUUCUGCCACGUGCAAGAAACUAAACGAAUGUAUAGAGGUUGAGUGUGAUGGGAUCAUCCUGGACCUUAGCAACACAUCCUUAGAGGGCAUUGCUGUUCUCAACAUUCCCAGCAUGCAUGGUGGCUCCAACCUGUGGGGCGAGACCAAGAGGAGAAGGAACUACAAUCGUAUGAGUAAGAAAAUUGCAGCCAGGACACCAGCUAGCACCAUCACAGAUGCUAAAGAGCUCAAGUUUUGUGCGCAAGACUUCAGCGACCAGCUGCUGGAGGUGGUUGGUCUGGAAGGGGCCAUAGAGAUGGGACAGAUCUACACUGGGCUGAAGAGUGCUGGACGCAGACUUGCUCAGUGUACCAGUGUGAUCAUCAGGACAUCCCGCCGUCUACCGAUGCAGAUAGAUGGCGAGCCCUGGAUGCAGCCCCCCUGUUCGGUUAGGAUCACCCAUAAAAACCACGUCCCUAUGUUACUGGGCCCACCUCAGAAGACUCCGUUUUUCCUCUUCAAGAAAUUCAGCCGCAGCCAGGACUAACACUUGUGCACCAAAACAAAAUAACACAAAAACAUGUGGACACACACAUUUCCCACCGUGUGAGCGGAUCCGUCAAAUAACUGGUAUGCUACUGCAAGGUGGACAGCAAAAGUGAGGUUGAGUGAUAAUCCUGAAAUCCCUACAGAGUUGUGGCCCAAAGGAACCUGCAGUGAUAGUGACAGACAGUAUCACCAUGUUCUUGUGUUACUAUCAUCGCCACACCAAGAGGAUCACCGAGUCUGCCCAGAAACCGCCAUCAUGCUUCAAGAGUUGUGACUGUAGGGCGGAAGGUUAAAGAGGCAUGUAUGCUGAACCGUUGGAGAUAAAGUAAAGGAAGAUCUUGUUUAAGCCACUUUUGCAUAAUCAAACAGCGGCUGCUCCUGGGUGUCCCCGCAGAUUCACAUAAAGCCACCUCGUUGUCAGAGAGCUCAUCCAUUGUUAACUAAAGCAGGUUUCUGGCAAUGGCCCAAAGACGUGGCCUUAAAAGAGUUGAAAAACGCAUGGGUUUUAGCCCUGUAGUGUCACUGACCUACAAAAAUGUUCCCUUUGAUGUGCAGAUGACAUGACAGUUGCUGAACCUCUCCUUGACUUGGUCAGAAUUUAAAGUAAUAACAAGAAAAGUUCACAUCUAUGAGACUCAAGCCUCUUUCGCAUUAAAUGCAGUACGGAUGCGAUAUGGAUGUGGUGCAGAUACAGUGCAGAUGCAGUAUUUAUUUAUUUAUUUCCCCCCGAGUCCUGUCUGGCUGUGAAGCAAACAGAAUUGAUGCUUGUCCAUGUAAGGUUUCUCUAUAGGAGCGUCCAAUAGAGUGUGAGGGACCACAGAUCUGCCCCCCAAAGAUGUGUAGGAGAAGGAGGGAGCUCCAAGUCCCAGAGAUCCAGGAGCUGUCCCAGAGCACAGGAACCCCAGGGAGACUGUAACCAGAAAAGCCCCCGCCCCCCUUGAGAGGAGCAGAGGAUCGCCCCGGGGGGACACAACCAGUAGCCAGCAGAGUCCCGGGAGAUAUCAGCGGCAAGCCCACAGGCCCGCCCGCAGCCUCCCACCCCCUAGUCAGCCGAGCCCAGAACCCAGUUACCCGGGACCCAGGGGCGACCAGCCCCGCCGGGCACCUUACAGAGCCCAGGGACUCAGAUCCCACCAGGCAGCCACCGGGAUUUAUCAGGCAGAUGGCAAAAAUCUUAAACCCCCUGACCCGGGAGCAGACCAAGGCACCACACUCCACACCAAAUGUGGCAGGGGGAGGGUAGGCGAAGAUGUCUAGUAGCACAAGAAGUCAGAGGAGCAGGGAGGAGUCCAAGACCCCACCUGACAUAUUCAGUCAUACACAAGCACAGUCACACACUCCCUCCCUCAUGCUCACACAUACACAUACAACCUAAGACUUACAAAAAUGAAUGCUUGAUACCCACUCAUGCUCCCCAUACACACCCUAUUCACUCUGGUCCUGGUACUGCUGCACAUUGGGUACAACCAUCUCCGGUUCCCAGAGUUUGCCCCUUUCUGCUGGGGUGCUGAUGAGCAGGCUCCCCCGCCCAAUGCUGAGCAAAGCAUCCCACCACCCCAGACCCCAACAUGAUGGCCAGCUCCCCCUCCUUGCCUCUAGCCCUGGGAAGCCAAGCAACAACAGAGGUGUGUAAGACCCCUAGUCUUCCUCCGCCUGCUCCAAUACAGUGUUGGUGCUUGUUGAUGAGGUGAAUUCCAUGGCUGUGGUGAGCAGGCAGUGCAGGCAUUUUCUGGCCUACGCCAGCUGAUGCAACCACACAACCCCACUUCCCCCCACAGCCCUCUGUGUCUAAGUGCUGUUUAAAAUUGGAAGUGGACACCGGCACUUGGGAUGAGGCUGAAAGAUCCCCUUGCCAAAUGCCGUUGUGUGCUCACUCCCAAGGCCCUAAGUGUGUGUUUGCGUGGAAUGUCAUUGGUGGAAGUGUUUAAUGUGCAAAUGAAAUUAGGGGGCAUGUUGCCACAGGAAUGCUGAAAUGGGGUCCAUACCCACACCCCUGACUUGCUCACCCCCCAAGGUUCUAUGUGCAUGAUUGUGUGAUGAUGUGAAGGAGCAGGAGGAGAAAAAUGUAUGGGGAUGGGGAGGAAUGGCCGGUUGGGCUAAGCCAUCCAGGGAGCCAUCUCCCCCACUGGUCGCAAUAGGCACCUUCGUUCCCAAAAUGCUUCCCAGGGCAUGGAGACCCCAGCCCAUCUUGCCAGGGCCCAAAGCAGCAGCAUCGCAGAGCUCGACAAAGUCAGAGGUCACCAACCCAGUCCCAUCUCAGCAGAAUAUCUGUCAGGCUGACAGAAGUUUGCAGCCGCAAACGAAACGUUGCAGGUAAAUAAAACCUUUGUGUUUUAAAAAGAACUAAAAGAUGGAAGUGUUGUUUAUUCUUUCAGGAUCAUAUACUAUAUUCCCAGUUGAGUCUGCAGUAUGGAUGCGGUGCAGCUGCGGGACGGGUACAGUACGGAUGUGGUCCGGAUGCGGUGCAGAUGCGGUACGGAUGCAGCCGGUGCAGAUGUUGUGCAGCAGUGGGACGAGUGCAGUAUGGAUGCGGUGUGGCUGUGGUACAGUUUCUCCUGUCACUUCAAGAAGGGUCUUCUCUCUAUCAAUACUUACAUUUGUGUCACAUGUGUGCUGAUAAUGUGCCCCCAAAACAGCAAAAACAAGAUGAUAGAGUAAGAAACACCACAAUGAUUAAGAAUGGGACUCAGUUUAGUGUUAUAAAGAAUAUCUCUAUAACACAAGUCCAAUAACAUAUUUAGAGUUUGGUGUACAUAAACUAUAGUUGUAUUUCUAGAGAAUAGAUCUAGCUCACAUAAACUACUUUAGGGUGUUUUUAUUAGCUUGUUGAUAACGCAGCAGCUUUGGCUCGGGUAUUUGUCCAACUGCUACAUUUAGUCUCUAGAGGCAGUUUUCUACUUUCUAAUAACAUUAGCUUAAUUUUUUUGUGAUGCAUCAUUUCUUUUGACCUAAAGGCUGUCUGUAUUUCUGCCCAACAGCUCUGUCCUUGUUGAUUAUCAGUCAGUAAUAAGUACAGAAGUCACAAUCAACAGAGCAUUAAUUGUUGGUUAGCAAAGGCUCAUUAACACACUUUAAAGUCUGCAUUCAGCUUCCAAAUGUAGUCUUUUUGGAACCUAUGCCAAUGUUCAAGAACAGGCCUGAGGCCCAGCUAUAGAUCCCUGUGUGUGUCCAUUUUCAGUUAAGAUCCCUUCAUAAAAUUUUGUAACCAUAAUUCUAUGUUUCAUGAAAAAUUUUAGUAGGAAGAUGUUCAAAAAAUAAGAGCAUUUACCCUUUGUAAAGUAAUUAAAGUUAUCAAAAGGAACCAAUGUGAUUGUCUCUAUUAGGACAGACAUUUUUCCACAUUCUUUGGACCUGAUAUAAAAAUAAAACUCCAGACAUUUCGUAAACUACUUGACUUAAACCAAGCAAAAAGUAAAACUGUGCCGAAAGACUCAUGACUCCAAGACCAUCUGAGUGCUUUUAUACAUACUUUAAGGAAUACUAGAAAGAGAUUAUUGUCAGUUUUUAAAGUAGAACUAAACAUAUGUUUUAAAGAGUGAGACUAAAUAAAAUAAGCAUCAGCAUGUAGGAAUCUAUGUUAGUGUUUUUAUAGAGAAACAGAGCUGGGCCCACUCUAAGCUAGUAGCAGGUGAUCAGAACAAAUAAACAAACAUGGUUGCUUCAGAUUUCUCAUUUCAAUUAAAAGCCAGAUGUUACAAGGUAUUAAUGUUUUCUGUUUAUGUUUCAACCACUGUAUAGACGACUUCACUGAAGUGUAAGGUCUAAGGUAGCAGGUCCAAGACAGAAGGUCUAAGGUAGCAGGUCCUAGGUAUAAUAUAGAAUGUGUACGGUUGAGGUCUUAUGUAGCAGGUCUAUGGUGACAGGUCCAAGAUAGCAGGUCCUAGUUAGCAGGUAUAAUGGCAGCAUACAGGUCUUAAGUACCAGGUCUAAGGUGGCAGGUCUAAGAUAAAAGGUCUAAUGGUGCUUACAAAUUAGGAUCAGUAUGGUUGGGUACAGGACCGGAAUUUGGUUUCACAUUUGGGUCACAUAUGACUUUCCAUUCUGAGGCGACUCUUUUUUUCAGACCUCCACCCAGAGGCACAAGUUGGACUGAGGUGACAUUGCGGAUAGAUUGGCCAACUGAAAGUCUCUCCUACCGACUCUAAUUGGCGAGUAGAAUCAACCAGCGGGGAGUUCCCGCAUGUGCAAUUUAUUUUCUAUGUGUAAGCAGCAUAAGGUAGCAGGUCAAGAGAAUGUGUAAGGUAGCAGGGCUAAAGUAGCAUGUCUAAUUCUGAUUGUGACUGGGAACUCUUAAAAAAAGGGAACUAAAGUAUUAGUUUGUCGAACGUUUUUGGACCAAAAGAAUCGUAACCAAUAAUUCUAAUGAGUUUUAAACAAAAUGCUUUAUGUGAUGUAAUUUGGGCAUUUUUGGAAAAGGUGUUUUAUGGAGAGUUGUUGUGAUGAGCUCCUCUGUAGGGUUAGGCACUGGUGCCUUCAUAGCCUGAUUCCCUUUAAGACCCUCUGAGUCAACCCUCUGGUAUGAAACCAAACCCUGAGGAGGUUUUCCAUCAUGUUGUCCAUCAUGGUGAAUCUAGAUGAAUGUGCAGCAGUUUAUAUAUACCUGGAUAACACCACAUAUCAGUCUAUUCUCUUAACGGGCAGUGUGGGAACUCAGUGGUCUAAGAGUGCAUGUUUACACUAUUUUUGAAAUAAUAGUUUUAAAUAGAUAAUUACUAAAUGUACAUAUUUGUUUACAAUAUUUACCUUGAAGUAACUGAUGUCACUGCAUGCUUCCUGAAGCAAAAUGAGAGGUACUGUAAAAAACUUGCUGUAUAGAUCAGACUUCCCAAAUGUACAUUUGAUGUAUUUUUUGGUCGUGCAUUUGUUUUCUGCUAUUCCUGUUCUUUUUUCCUUUUUGCUGCAUGUUAAAGAAAUCUCAGAUUAUGAAGAAGUGGACUGUUACCAAGUGAAGUUUUAGCCUCUGGCCAAAGGUCAGCCAACACGAACACCCACUCUCAAUCUGUUUGAAUGAUUUUCCAAUGCAUGCCAAAACUCAUGCCUAUUCCUGUAGCAAUCAAUACCUUAAUAAGCUGACCUACUAUGUGCUGACCAUUGUGCACAUCCACUCUGAUUCAAACACACAAGCAGUUUGAUCAGUAGACAUUUUGGUUGCAUCUUGAUUGAUGUUUGGCUGCAGACCGGUCACAGCAGUGAUGUCACAUGUCUUACUGAGCUGAUAUCUUUGUUCAACUUUAUCUUCAACUCAAACCUGCUAACCUAGUCUUUAAACAAUAAACCAAGAAACUGAAUGUAAAA